AAUAACAGUCUUCUGUAUAUUAUAUAAGUAACUAUACAACCGCCUGCUAAUGAGAACAUUGUGAUUAAUAGCUUGCAAAAACACACUCAAAUAAUCAACGACAUGUUGAUCAUCUUCUCGAGUUAUCUCCUCUUCUUCUUCAUGAUAACAUGCUUCCUCACAACUCUAUCAACAUCUGCCCCUUCAUCAGCUCUUCAUCCAGAUGAAUUGAACGCGCUAAAGGAGAUAGCUAGUACACUUGGUAUCAAGAGACUGAACUUAAGUGCUGGAGAUCCUUGCAACGUAGAAACUCUAAUGAUUAUUCAAGAAGAACAUGAUGUUUAUCCGAAAUCCGCUAAAAAUAAUAAGAUUGUCUGUGACUGUAGCUUUAACAACAACAUGACUUGUCAUAUUAAAGUCAUAGAACUCAAGACCCUUAGUCUUCCAGGGAAGCUUCCACCACAGUUAGCCAAGCUUCGAUAUCUCCAAAAGAUCGACCUGUGCCUAAAUUACCUCACGGGUACAAUUCCAAUGGAGUGGGCUUCAUUGCAGUACCUCACUUCCAUCUCGGUCUGCGCCAAUCGUUUGACUGGGAAUUUACCACCUGGGUUGCAAAACUUCAAGAAUCUGACAUACUUAUCUGUUGAAGCAAACCAGUUCUCCGGCACCAUUCCUGAUGAGCUCGGUAAUGUGACCAGCCUAACCACAUUGCAUCUUGCGUCCAAUAAUUUUACAGGAAACCUUCCCAGCACUCUCGCUAGACUGGUCAACCUUGAAGACGUUAGGGUAUGUGAUAAUGAUUUUACCGGAGUCAUCCCAGAAUUUAUAGGCAACUGGUCUCGGCUUCGAAAUCUACAUCUAUAUGCUAGUGGACUGAAAGGACCUAUUCCUGAUGAAGUGGCCCGCCUAGAAAAUCUCACUGAACUGAGUAUUAGUGAUACGACCGGGAUAAACUCCUUUCCAUAUAUAUCGGGCAACGCCAUCAAAAUCCUGAUCUUGAGGAAUGUGAGUUUGUCUGGUUCUAUCCCUUCUUACAUCUGGAAUAAGACAGACUUGAACACUCUCGAUUUAUCGUUUAACAAGUUGAUUGGUGAAGUUGAAGCAGUAAAAGCACCCAAAAACACGUAUUUGACUAGCAAUAUGCUUUCGGGAAACAUCGGCUCUGGUGCUUUCCUCAACAACGACAAAUCUAAUAUUGAUCUCUCUUAUAACAAUUUCUCGUUGCCAUCUAGCUGCCAAGAAAAGAGUAACAUUAACACAUACCGGAGUUCAAAUUGGAAGGAAAAUUUAAGUGGGAUGCUUCCAUGCGCUGGUCCAAUCAAGUGCUCGGGCUAUCAACGAUCAUUACAUAUAAAUUGUGGUGGAGAAAGUGUGAAUAUAAUAAACUCUUUGGGUAAAAUAAAUUAUCAAGCUGAUAACUAUGAGACCACGGCCUCAACAAAUCAACACUCGGUAAACUGGGGAGUCAGUAACACAGGUGACUUUACCGAUGAUGGAAGCGAUGACGACACGUACAUCAUUUCAAAAAAUUCAACAUUAUCUGGAGAUUCUUCUGAUCUUUAUAAGACUGCACGUCGAUCUGCUCUCUCUCUUGUUUAUUAUGCAUUUUGCUUAGAAAAUGGAACCUACACUAUAAGCCUCCAUUUCAUGGAGAUUCAGUUUACAGAAGAACUAUACACUAGUCUAGGUAGGCGCAUAUUUGAUGUCUACGUCCAGGGAAAAUUGUUCUUGAGAGAUUUUAACAUCAUAGAGGAAGCUAAUGGGACUAUGAAGCCUAUAAUGCAAGAACUGAAAGAUGUUAAUGUGACCAAUCACGUGUUAGAGAUUCACUUGUAUUGGGCAGGUAAAGGGACAACCCUUAUUCCCAACAGAGGAUACUAUGGUCCUCUUAUCUCCGCAAUUUCAUUGUGUCACAGCCAGGAGCGACGAUGUGGAGUAGAGAAAACAAAACAUCACACUAAUUAUCUUAUGAUUCCGGGGGCAAUAGGUGGUUUGGUAACAAUUUUUCUCUUGACUUUGGGUAUAUAUGCAGCUCGAAAAAGAUACAUAGAAGACAAAACCACAAAAGAAAGAGCCAAGGGUUUAGAAACGGUUUGUUUUACAUGGAGACAACUACAAGCUGCAACAAACAAUUUUGACCAUGCCAAUAAACUUGGAGAAGGGGGUUUCGGAUCCGUAUUCAAAGGAGAGCUAUCGAAUGGAACUAUCAUAGCAGUCAAACAGCUUUCUUCUAUGUCAACCCAAGGAAAUCGUGAAUUUGUUAAUGAGAUAGGCAUGAUUUCAGGUCUGAAUCAUCCAAACCUUGUCAAGCUUUAUGGAUGUUGUGUCGAGAAGAAUCAAUUGCUACUUGUAUACGAGUACAUGGAAAAUAACUCCCUUGCUUUCGUGCUUUAUGGAAAUAGCUCCCAUAAAUUGAAUUGGUUAGCGAGACAAAAAAUAUGUGUUGGAAUCGCAAGAGGGCUUGAUUUCCUCCACCACGGAUCUACGAUCAGGAUGGUUCACCGUGACAUAAAAACCACUAAUGUGCUUCUAGACACUGACCUUAAUGCAAAGAUAUCCGAUUUUGGAUUGGCUAGGCUCCAUGACGAAGAACACAGUCACAUUAGCACCAAGAUUGCGGGAACCAUAGGAUAUAUGGCUCCCGAAUAUGCACUAUGGGGUCAAUUAACAGAGAAAGCAGAUGUGUACAGCUUUGGUAUCGUGGUAAUGGAGAUUGUUAGUGGGAAGAGUAUUGUAAACAAAAAAGGAAGUGUUGAUGAUGUUCCACUUAUCAAUUGGGCAUUGACACUGGAAAAGAGAGGAGACAUAAUGGAGGUCAUUGAUCCGAUCCUUGAAGGUAAUUUCAAAAGCGAAGAAGCAGUGAGGAUGAUUAAAGUUGCUCUCCUUUGCACAAAUUCAACGCCUUCAUUAAGGCCCACAAUGUCAGAGGCAUUGCAAAUGCUUGAGGGCGAGAUCGAAAUAACACAUGUUAUGCCAGAUCAUGGUUUAUAUGGACAUAACUUGAGCAUCUCAAAACUAAUGGAUACUGAUACUACUACUAGACAUGGUAGUUCGAGCACUACAACUGGUAUGACUGAUCAAACAAUGAAUUCAUUUGUUCCUAGUGAUGAUCUUACCCAUUAUACCCAGAAUCCACCAUCAUAAAAUCCUAUGUCAAGAAGAUGAUGUAUAAUAUACGGAAGGGCCAUCAUUUUAUGCACUAAAAAUAUCAUCCAUAUAGAGUACUUGUUUCACAUUCACAUCUUUUAUAUCUACUAGGCCACUGUAUGCACACUGUUUGUUUUUGUUGGGGGUGGAGUGGUUAUAAUAUUCAAAGUUUUUGAAAUAGAAUAUGUCAAUUGUUGUUUAUUAUUAGUGUAUCCACUCAAACUUCUCUUGUAAAAUUCAGACUAGUGUAUGUCAAAUAUGCCUUCUUAAAAUCAUGUAAAUAAGGUGAUAACUUUGAAUUAUUCAUGCUGUGUGAG